GGCUCCUUGCAGUCGGCGAACUGUCAGGGCAGGAGGAGCCGUGAGCUUGAGCUGCACGCAGCGACCCGCGCGGCAAAGCGGAAAGCCAGCUGAAACAGAGUGCGUAGAGUGGCAGCGGCAACGGCGUCACAGACAGCCUGAGCAACCCCAGGCAAUCCGGGCGGCCCAAUCAGCCUAAAAGGAAGACUUUGAGACUCCAACUGCUCCGCGGACUGCGAGCUGUGGCGGCAGAGCCCCGCUACAGCAAUCGCAGUCUCCGUGGAGCGAGCAGAAGCUUUUUUUUUUUUUUUAAACCUACCACCUCAUUUCUACUCUAGUGGCGUGGACAACAAGUUUUCGGUGAGGGAUACAAAAAACACCCUAGUGCAAUCCUGCCUGGUAUGGACUUGUUGUCCGGGACGUAUAUAUUUGCGGUUCUGUUAGCAUGUGUAGUGUUUCAGUCUGGCGCCCAGGAGAAGAACUACACCAUUCGGGAAGAAAUGCCAGAAAACGUCCUCAUAGGCGACUUGCUGAAAGACCUCAACUUGUCGCUAAUUCCAGACAAGUCUUUAACAACUCCUAUGCAAUUCAAGUUGGUAUACAAGACCGGAGAUGUGCCACUGAUUCGAAUUGAAGAGGGCACAGGUGAGAUCUUCACUACUGGAGCUCGCAUUGAUCGUGAGAAAUUGUGUGCUGGCAUCAUAGUGGACACCCAUUGCUUUUAUGAAGUGGAGGUUGCCGUUCUGCCGGAUGAAAUAUUUAGAUUGGUUAAAAUACGUUUUCUGAUAGAAGACAUAAAUGAUAAUGCACCAUUAUUCCCUGCAACAGUUAUCAAUAUAUCAAUUCCAGAGAACUCGGCUAUAAACUCUCGAUAUGCUCUCCCAGCGGCCAUUGAUCCAGACACAGGAAUAAACGGAGUUCAAAACUACCAACUAAUUAAGGGUCAAAAUAUUUUUGGGCUUGAUAUCAUUGAAACCCCAGAAGGAGAAAAGAUGCCGCAACUAAUAGUUCAAAAGGAGUUAGAUAGGGAAGAGAAAGAUACAUAUGUAAUGAAAGUAAAGGUUGAAGAUGGUGGCUUUCCUCAAAGAUCCAGUACUGCUAUUUUGCAAGUCAGUGUUGCUGAUACAAAUGACAACCAUCCAGUUUUUAAGGAGGAUGAGAUUGAAGUCAGUAUACCAGAAAAUGCUCCUGUAGGUUCUUCAGUAACACAGCUCCAUGCCACAGAUGCUGAUAUAGGUGAAAAUGCCAGGAUUCAUUUCUAUUUCAGCAAUCUUGUCUCCAGCAUGGCCAAGAGGCUAUUUUACCUCAACUCUACCACUGGACUUAUCACAGUAAAAGAACCACUGGAUAGGGAGGAAUCUCCAAACCACAAGUUACUGGUUUUGGCAAGUGAUGGUGGAUUGAUGCCAACAAGAGCAAUGGUGCUAGUAAAUGUUACUGAUGUCAAUGAUAAUGUCCCAUUGAUUGACAUAAGAUACAUCAUUAAUCCAAUCAAUGGCACUGUGGUUCUUUCAGAAAAUGCUCCUCUCAACACCAAAAUUGCUCUCAUAACUGUGACAGAUAAGGAUGCUGACCAUAAUGGUAGGGUGACAUGCUUUACAGAUCAUGAAGUCCCUUUCAGAUUAAGGCCAGUGUUCAGUAAUCAGUUCCUCCUAGAGACUGCUGCAUAUCUUGACUAUGAGUCCACAAGAGAAUAUGCAAUUAAAUUACUGGCCUCAGAUGCUGGCAAACCUCCUUUGAAUCAAUCAUCCAUGCUCCUCAUCAAAUUAAAAGAUGAAAACGACAAUGCUCCAGUUUUCACUCAGCCUUUCAUAAGUCUUUCUGUUCCUGAGAAUAACUCUCCUGGCACCCAGUUGACAAAAAUAAGUGCAACAGAUGCAGACACUGGGCGUAAUGCUGAGAUACAUUACCUGCUAGGCAUUGAUGCUCCAUCUGAAUUCAACCUGGAUCAUCGUACAGGCAUUCUGACUGCAGUGAAGAAAUUGGAUAGAGAAAAACAGGAAAAAUACUCAUUCACAGUUCUGGCAAAAGAUAAUGGGAUGCCAUCUUUAAUAACCAAUGCCACAGUCUUAGUGACUGUUCUUGAUCAGAAUGACAACAGUCCAAUUUUCACUCACAAUGAGUACAACUUCUAUGUCCCAGAAAACCUUCCAAGACAUGGCACAGUAGGACUAAUCACUGUAACUGAUCCUGAUUAUGGAGAAAAUUCUGCAGUAACUCUCUCCAUUUUAGAUGCAAAUGAUGACUUCACAAUUGAUCCACAGAGUGGUGUCAUCCAACCGAAUAUUUCAUUUGAUAGAGAAAAACAAGAAUCUUAUACUUUCAAUGUAAAGGCUGAGGAUGGUGGUAGGGUAUCACAUUCUUCAACUGCCAAAGUCACUAUAAAUGUGGUCGAUGUCAAUGACAAUAAACCAGUUUUUGUUGUCCCUCCUUCCAACUACUCCUUUGAAUUGGUUUCACCAUCUGCUAAUCCAGGCACAGUGAUCUUCACGGUAGUUGCUAUUGACAGUGACACUGGCAUGAAUGCAGAGCUUCGUUACAGCAUUGUAGGAGGAAACACAAAAGGUCUGUUUAUGAUUGACCAAACAACAGGCAACAUUACACUGAAGGAGAAAUGUGUCCUUGCAGAUCUUGGUUUACACAAACUGAUAGUCAAAGCCAAGGAUUUAGGGCAACCUGAUUCUCUCUUCAGUGUCAUAAAUGUUAAUCUAUUUGUUAAUGAGUCGAUGACCAAUGCUACACUAAUUUAUGAAUUGAUGCGCAAAAACAUUGAAAUACCAGUGACCCAAAAUGUUGAGACAACUCAUACAUCCUCACCAUCAAGUGACUAUGUCAAGAUCAUGGUUGCCAUUGUUGCUGGCACCAUAACUGUCAUUCUUGUUAUUUUCAUCACUGCUGUAGUAAGAUGCCGCCAAUCACCACACCUUAAGGCUUCUCAGAAAAACAAGCAGAAUUCUGAAUGGGUUACUCCAAACCCUGAAAACAGGCAGAUGAUGAUGAUGAAGAAAAAGAAGAAGCAUACCCCUAAGACCUUACGGCUUAACUUUGUCACUAUUGAAGAAGCUAAGGCAGACAAUGCUGACAAUGAUAGAAACACCGUCACACUAGACCUUCCCAUUGAAUUGGAAGAGCAAACUAUGGGCAAGUACAACUGGGGCACUACACCUACUACUUUCAAGCCUGACAGCCCUGAUUUGGCCCAGCACUACAAAUCUGCCUCUCCACAGCCUGCUUUCCAGAUCCAGCCAGAAACUCCCCUAAAUUUAAAGCACCACAUCAUCCAGGAACUGCCUCUUGAUAACACCUUUGUGGGCUGUGAUUCCAUCUCCAAGUGUUCCUCCAGCAGUUCUGAUCCCUACAGCAUUUCUGAGUGCAGCUAUCCAGUGACAAAUUUCAAGACCCCUGUGUCUGUACACACCAGACUGACUGAUUCCAGGACAUCAACUAUUGAAAUCUACAGUGAGAUAUAACUUUCUAGGAACAACAUGAUUCCAUUCCCCUUCCAAAAAAAUCUAUGAUUUGUGAUUUCAAAAUUUGGCUAAGAUCAUUAAUCUUGUAGUCUGGAUUUCCCACUAUAAAGGCAAGCAAAACAAAAACCACAUUAAAGAUUAUGCCCCACUGAACCUCAUAUUAUUUUGGCUAUAAUUUGCAAUCAAAAUUUUAAAUUUGUGGAAAAAAUAGUGCAGUGUGAUAAAAAAAAGUUUUAUCAUGCUGUUUCUCCAUUUGCUUGCUCUGAAUGUCAACAAUUGUGAUGUAAUAUAAUGUGUCUUGAUGUACAAACUGAUGAUUAAUAUAUCAAUCAUGAAACAUGGAAUUACUUGCCUGGUUCUAUUGCUGAAGAUUUUAAACAUCAUCUCCAGGAGUUUGGAAGUGAAGCUGAAUUAUCCAAGCUACACUCUGAAAGGUAUCCAGGGAAAGAGAUUGUCUUUAAUACUCCAAACAGCAACAAGCAAAAACACUCUAGUUGAUUUUUUGAAAAAUAUUCACUAAUACAGUGUUGUUGAGAAAAUAAGUAUAAAUAUCCAUCUCUCUGCUUAAAAGUUAGAUUAUAUAAACAAAUUUUAAUAGGUUUUUAUGUUGACUAUAAUCAUGUUGUUUCACUACUUUAUUCAUUAAAAAUUUAUUUUUGCUG